AUGGCUGCUGACUUUUGGGCUUCUACUCAUGGACGUCACUGGAUACUUGACAAGAAAACACUGCAAGAGAGCCGUAAAAUGGAUUUACUUUUCAUUAGCGAGAUUGAACUAGCAAAACUGCGUAUUUGGUAUGCGAAUUUGAUGCAUAAUCUGGGAAAGAGACUCAACGUAAAACAAGUGAUAAUGGCGACAGCCAUUACAUACUUUAAGCGGUUCUAUACAAAAAAUACGUAUAGACAUACUGAUCCAAAUCUCGUAGCAGCUACUUGCAUGUAUCUGGCUUGUAAGAUGGAAGAAUCACCACAUCAUAUUAAAAACGUUAUAUCCGAGAUGAGAAACGAGAUGAGAAAUAUCGCAGUGAAUUGUAAAAAAACUGCAUCGACGAUAGCUAAUGAACAAUCGACAUUUUCAUACGACAACCAAAAAGUAGCUGAAAUGGAAUUUUAUCUUCUCGAAGAAUUAGACUUCAAUUUGAUAGUCUUUCAUCCGUAUCGCACUUUAACCACUCUUGCGCAGGAACUCGGCCAAAAACACGAAGCAAUCCGUGACGCAUGGACUAUUGUCAAUGAUUCAUACAAGACAGAUUUAUGUCUAUCGCAUCCGCCGCAUAUGAUUGCGAUUGCUGCGCUUUAUAUCCCUAUUGCUAUAAAAUUGGGUGAAUUUGGUUUUAGUGGCAAGCUAAAAAAGUGGUUUUAUAGUUUGAAUGUUGAUAUGGAAGAGAUUGCUGUGAUUGUACAAGAAAUUUUAUCACUAUACGAACUUUGGAGUACAUACAGUGACGAUCAAAUACCAAAGAUCUAUGAAAAAUUAAAAAUACCCACUGCUGCUGAUAUCGAAGACGCGUUAAUAGCAACAAUCAACACCACGACUACCAGUACUACCAGUAUUCCCACAACUAUAACGAAAAUACCUACUGCCACUACUGCUUCAAUAACUACAAUUAAAAGCGAGGAAAUUAUUCCAGAAAUAGAAAUGUUAGAGGAACACGAUGAUAAUAACAACCAAGAUGUUCCUUUUAGAGCCACCGUUUCUGCUACCGAAGAAAUUGAUCAAGAAUUCUAUAAUGAUGAUAAAGAUUUUGAGUUUGUUCUGAAUUUUAGAAGAAAUAACAGUAUAGUUAAACAGGAACUACAGUCAGACCUCCUUAUAGUCAAACCUUAUACAGUCGCGCCCUAUACUCUAUAA